UAUCUAUAAAGCAAAGAUUGCCACAAACCCUACAUCACUCAAACACUAGUACUGUAACAUGACAAGCCAACCUGAAAAUGCCCUGCAACUACCUAUCAAUCAAGCACUAGACGACUCUCGAAACCAGGCACUGAGAGCCAAGUUGCUCCCUGCAUUAUGGGGCCUGUCGGGUGCCGCCCUUCGACAAUCAGAUCCCUAUAUAGAUUACUACAAUAGCCAUAUGAUAUUCAUCGAAGCCUACAAUCUCCACAUCCGAACCCAUCAAGACCUUCUUGAUUUGAUCAAUUCCAUCAGAUCAAAAUCCUCUGUUCCGCUCGAUGUCCUUCUCAAAGAAUUGAAUGCGGAGUUCCCGCAACUGGGUCCUGCGAUGCGAGCCGUCGAAAUCGCAGUCCGGAUCUGGUUGAUGAUUUCCACUGAGGGUUGGGAAACCACUCAGUCACUGGAGGACUUCCUCAAUCAUUGCUUUCCAACAUCCAAACAACUGCCGCAUGCAGAUCCUUUUCCACUGGCGUUCAACGCCCUGAAUCUCCAACGCAUCGGUGCGUUUCAGAUCGUCUGGACGGAAUGUUCACAGGAUCAUCUUUCUCUCACGAUUACCGAAACGCAAAAAGUGCUAAACCUAUUUCACCUAUCUGCCUUUCUGCAAAGUAACAAACAUGGACUAGAUGGCACCAUCUUCCCCCCCAACCUCCUCCAAGAAACAGCCCAAACCCUCUCCCUCCUCAUCCCCGCCUCCAACAUCGACUGCAUGAGAUGGGUCCGAAAAGCGCAGCGACAAGACGAAAUCGACCUUGAGGCUGGUCUGUUUCCUCCAACGUCGCGCGACAUCUCGAAUUAUCCGUACUGGGGACGUCAGUUGCAGAUCUUGCGCGAUGAGCAUGACCGAACUGAGCCGACGACGCUCAAACAGUGGAUUUUGGAUAGAAGACGGCCAAAUCAGCGGUAUACGUUUUUGAUUGCGGUUGUGGCGCUGGCUCUGGCGUUGUUUUUUGGACUGGUGCAGUCUGUUACCGGGGUGUUGCAGGUUGUUUAUAGUGCGAGAGAGUGAGUAUGCUAUCAUGCUUGCUAUUAUGCUUUUCUAUAGAUUAUGAUUAUGUAAAAUGGAGGAAAUGAUGGUGUUCUGUUUUCUUUUUCUUGUUCGACUACCUUUUUG